CCGCACCGCCCGGACGAGGGAGAGGGAGAGGGAAUAUGCCCAGUCCUCCCCACCAUCCUUCCUUCCCCUGCUUCGACAUCGACGCCAUCGAGCGGCGCACGACAUGCCGCCGCCGGCGGUUCGGCCUCACGGAGAGCGGCCGCCUGACGCGGGGGCGACGGCGGCGCGGCGCGCGGAGCGACAUCGAGCGCCGCCCGCUGGAGAUCGCUUCGAGGGGCGGCGGCGUGGGCCGGGCGGCGAGCGCCGCGGGCAGGGCGUGGGCCCUCCGGCCAGUUCAUCUGCCCGGACGCUGAAGGGCGUGAUCAGGAGGACGCGCUGCUGCGGCAGCGCCUCGUCCGCACCGGCCCGCGGCGCGGGUCGGCUCGUUCCCCGCCAACGCCGUCGAACGGCGUGCCUCGUGCCGCGCGGCCGGAGGUUUGGCCUCACGGCGAUUGGCGGGCCACGUCGGCUGCAUUUGGCCGCGCGGGGCGACGGGGAGCGCGUCGAUGGCCGCGGCGGCGCGGUGUGCAGAGCGACGGCGAGCGCCGCCGCUGAGGCUUGCUUCGAGGAGGCAGCGGCAUGGACCGACCGGCGAGCGCGGCGUACGGGGCGUGCCCCUCCUCUCCGUACCCAAGGUGACGGGGGCACUGCAACCCCACAGUCGCCCUCGGCAACCGUGGUGGCGGUGGCGGCUACUCGGACGCUCAAGAGGAUGUGGAGGGGGCGCUGCUGCGCCAGCUCCUGGGCCGCGCCGGCUCGUUCGACGUCGAAGCUUCCCCUGACACUGGAGGAUGUGAUAUCCAAAAACAAGAAAUCCAGGAGGCAGUCGAGCUACCAUUGAGACACCAUGAGUUGUACUGCUCUAUGGUCCUUCAGGCACUGGCAAGACCAUGCUUGCUAAAGCGGUGGCACAUCACACUACUGCUGCUUUUAUCUGAGUAAUUGGUUCAGAGUUUGUGCAGAUGUACUUGAGUGAGGCAAGACGCGGAUAGUUGUAACAUGCAUUUGUUAACCUUGUUUAUGCAUUCAGUAUUUCCGUUGUCCUUUUGUUCUUACAAAAAUAUAGCAUGUGUUAAGCUUUGACCAUGUGAUAAAUGCCUAUUUUGUUAGCUGUUGCCGUGUCGGUUUGGUUUCCUUGUUUAUGCUCAAGACUCCAGUGUAAAAAGUUGGACUUGUUUGAACUGAAGUGUUCGGGGAGAUCUGUUAACACAAGGUUAAGACUUAAGACUAUACCUAAGCAGUGCGUGUGAACAUCUGUCAUGACUUCCUUUUUGUUUGUGUUCUGUAUACAUCUUACAUGCAAAAAACAUUUAGUUACUGUAUGCAUUACCAAGACAAGUAAAGUGUUGUUGAUAUAGCCUAUGAUGCUACCACUAUAUUGCGUAUGCUUCUUAAUGAUUCUGGUAGUGGUUCAUAUAUUCUUGUUAGGGUUUAUCACAAAGAUUGCUAUGUGAAGCUUUUCUUAGGUUAUCACGUCUUUUGUUGAUGCAUUGUAUCAUACUAUCAUUUAUCUGAUGUAUUCUGCGUAGCUGAAGAGAAUGCCCCGGCUAUAAUAUUCAUCAAUGAGGUUGACGCUAUAGCCAGUGCUCGAUUCGAUGCUCAUGCUGGGGCUGACGAGAAGUUCAGCGUAUUCUGAUGGAGCUACUCAAUCAGGUUUCCAACUCAAGGUACCAUUGGUCGAACUCAAGAUGUCUUUGUGGAUCAAGGAGCACCUUGAGACUUCAUCUACGCUGAAGAAGCUACUUUUGAUGCUUAUUCUCUUUGGUACUUCUAUGGUGAUAGUGGAUGGUGUUGUCACACCAGCAAUGUCAGGUUCAUAUACUCCCUCCAUUCCUAAAUGUAAGUCUUUGUAGAGAUUCCACUAGAUGGACUACAUACGGAUCAAAAUGAAUGAAUCCAUACUUAAAAUACAUCUAUAUACAUCCGUAUCUAGUUCAUAGUGAAAUCUCUACAAAGACUUACAUUUAGGAACGGAGGGAGUAUUUCUGAUGCAUUGUUCGUCGUAUUUCUCUUCACCUAGUCUUAUGAUCUUACAUAUUUUCUUUCAGAAGUACAAUUGUGUUACCAGUUUUCAUCUUCUCACAGUAUUACUUUCCUGUCGGUAAAAUCUGCAGUGAUAACUGCUGUCAAAGGCUUGAAGGUUGGAAUAUCUAGUUUUAAUGAAGCUGACCUUGAAUAUGUUGGUUGGUAUUAGCCGGUUAAAUAGAAAAAUGUGUUACUGCAUAGAAGUGCAGGAUAGUCACCUUCUAUUUUGUUUUUUUCUGCAUUUCUCAUUGUUCUUGAGUCUGUAAAGGUUUGGAACAUUCAAAGUCGGUCUUGCUGUUGGACCUGCCUUGUUCAUAUGGUUUUGCUGCCUUUCUGGGAUAGGAGUUUAUGACAUUAUGACAUAUGAUACAGAAGUAUU